CAUUAUUUGGCUCUGUCGCUCCCAAGCUAAUUUAAUAAGCUUGAAUAAAUAUACAGUACUAUAUUUUUUCAUUUUUCCUUAUAUAUAUAUAGACUAUCGUAUGAUUUAGCUGGAUAGAUAAAUCUUCAGUGAUUAAUAUAGAGUUCGUACAUAGUCCCUACAAAGGCAAGACAGCCAUUUAUUUAUAUAUAAUAGCAUUUCAGGCAAUCUAUAUAUCUCAGCAACUGGUCUUAGGUUGACUAGCAAUUAAUAAUAGAAUUGAAUUGAAUUGGAAGUGAUGAUGAUGAUGAAGGAAAGUGGGAGAAAAGGGCAUGGUGGAGCUUCCCCAUGUGCAGCAUGUAAGCUGCUUAGGAGGAGAUGUACUCAAGAUUGUGUUUUUGCUCCUCACUUUCCAGCUGAUGAGCCCCACAAGUUUGCUAGUGUGCAUAAGGUUUUUGGUGCUAGCAAUGUCAACAAAAUCCUACAGGAAUUACCAAAACAUUGGCGAGGCGAUGCAGUGAAUUCAAUGGUGUAUGAGGCAAAUGCUAGGGUUAGAGAUCCUGUCUACGGUUGUGUAGCAGCCAUUUCAUGCCUUCAAGAACAAAUUGACCAGCUCCAAACACAGUUGGCCAUUGCGCAGGCUGAGAUGGUGCACUUGAGAAUGCGGCAGUUCUCAGCCAUGUCAAGUACCAGCUCCGCUAUGGACUCACCGGGAAACGCCGUUUACGACAUCAUUUGAUAUAGUUAGAUGUAAUGGGGCUAGCAGUCUAAAGAUUUGCUCACAUAUAUGUCAUAUGUGUGUCAGUCUGUUGCAAGCUAGCUCGCAAGGCUGAGUUGGUCAAUAUUUUAGCAUGCAAAGGCAGUUGACCAAGCCCCUUUUCUACUUUUGACCAUAGAAAAGUUAAAAAUAAUGUUUUAAAAACAUUGUUUCUUAAUUUUGACCAUUUUAAGCAAGAGAAAUGAUGCUUAAAACUAUUUAACUUUAGUAAUAAAAUAUUGCCUAAAUAAGUAUGAG